AUGACAAAGAUGCAUUCCCUCUACUGGUUUGCUUUGCUGCUCUGUGGUGGCAGCUUAGCAGCUAAACCAGAUCUUAUGGAUUGUAAAGACAAUCCUCUUGAUGUACUCUUCUUGGUGGAUACUUCCGGAAGUGUCGGUGCUUCCAAUUUCAAGACAACUCUUCGAUUUGUGAGCAGUUUUGUAGAUAGCUUUGAAAUUGGUCCUAAACGAGUUCAAGUUGCAGUAACAACGUUUGAUCAUACUGUGAUGCCAAAAAUCAAACUUAACCAAAUACACGAUAAACAAGCUCUUAAAAACGCUAUUAAUAGUAUCCCCCAUCAUGGCGGUAUGACUGCAACUGAUAAAGCGUUGGCGUUUGCCAGAACUCAAGCUUUCACUCGACAAAACGGUGGACGUACAAAUGUCACGCAGGUUGUUGUUGUUCUUACAGACGGAAGAUCAGGUAACAAGGUAUCGACAAAACAUGAGGCGGACCUGAUACAUCAAACAAACAUACAAGUAUUUGCAAUUGGAAUUGGCAAAGGUGUUGACCAGACCGAACUUAAAUCUAUAGCUUCUACACCAGAUAUGGUUUCAACCGUCGGAAACUUCAACGAGUUACGGAAAAUCCAAGACAAGUUGCAUACACAAACUUGCACAGCUAAACGUCAAUAUGAUAACUGGGGUGCUUGGUCUGCCUGUACAGUUUCUUGCGGAACAGGUGUUUCAAAGCGUACCCGACACUGUCUUCUCGCGAAGUGUUACGCCAAUUCAGAAGAAAACAAAACGUGUAACGCACAGCCCUGUCCAACCAUACCCCCAACAACAAAGCCGCCAGUUAUCCUAGACUGUAAAGACAAUCCUCUUGAUAUUCUCUUCUUGGUGGAUUCAUCCGGAAGUGUCGGUGCUGCCAAUUUCAAGACAACUCUUCGAUUUGUGAGCAGUUUUGUUGAUAGCUUUGAAAUUAGUGCUAAACGAGUUCAAGUUGGAGUAACGACGUUUGAUAACACUGUGAUGCCAAAAAUUAAACUUAACCAAAUAUAUAACAAACAAGCUCUUAAAAAUGCAAUUAAUAAUAUUCCUUAUCAUGGCGGAGGAACUUCAACUGACAAAGUUUUGGCGUUUGCCAGAACAAAAGGUUUCUCUCCACAGAACGGUGGGCGUACAAAUGUCACGCAGAUGCAAAUUCUGCUUCGUAUCAAUUUCAUGGUCUCACGUCUCAAACCCGAUGCAGUUGAAGAAUUGGUAGAUUUCAUAUUCAGAGUAACUAGUACACAAAGAAGCAAAUCUAUCUCAACCAAAUUACUAAACAAAUUAGAAGAAACUGCAAUUUACUAG